ACUGCGGACACGGUACAGGAGAUGACCAGAGACUGCGGACACGGUACAGGAGAUGACCAGAGACUGCGGACACGUAGUACAGGAGAUGACCAGAGACUGCGGACACACGGUACAGGAGAGGACCAGAGACUGCCGACACGGUACAGGAGAUGACCAGAGACUGCCGACACGGUACAGGAGAUGACCAGAGACUGCCGACACGGUACAGGAGAUGACCAGAGACUGCGGACACGGUACAGGAGAUGACCACAGACUGCGGACACGGUACAGGAGAUGACCACAGACUGCGGACACGGUACAG